AUGAAACAUGGACCUAUCGUACGCCUUGGUCCGUCUGAAAUAUCGAUCAACUGCUACGAAGGUGGCCUUCGAACGGUCUAUACUGGAGGUUAUGAGAAGCACGAAUGGUAUCCGAGGCUAUUUGGUUCAUUUGGAACAAUCAGCAUGUUCUCCAUGGUGGGAACAAAGCAACAUUCGAUUCGGAAGCGCAUGCUUGCAAAUGUAUAUUCCAAGUCUUACUUGCAAGGGUCAUCUCAACUCAAAGCGGUCACCCGGACUAUACUCUUUGAUCGAAUCUUUCCAAUACUCAAAGACUACGCCAGCUCAGAGUCUUCCGUUGAAGUCCACGAACUGAAUAAUGCGCUCGCACUGGAUUUCAUAACCGGAUAUAUCUUUGGUGUGCCAGCCGGCUCUAAUUUUCUGCAGGAGCCGUCACUCCGUCAGAAAUGGCUAUCCAUCUACCACAGCCGUAAGAUAUUCGAGUUCUAUAUCCAGGAGACUCCUACGUUGCUUUCCUUGUCGGAGGCCCUGGGUAUACCUCUGAUCCCAAAAUGGUGCACAACUGCAAAUGAAUAUAUGGAAAACUGGGGCCUGGAGGCAUGCGACAAGGCAGACGAGAACAUUUCCUCAACGGACCCCAUGACCGAGCCGGUUGUCUAUAGACAGCUCAAGCAAGCACUGGAAAAACACCUUAUUGCUACUUCUGAUUCAGAACCGAGCGAGAAAGAUUUGGCGCAGCUACGACUCGAGGUCGCCUGUGAAACGUUCGAUCAUCUUACUGCUGGACAUGAAACCAGUGCUCUGACUCUGACGUAUCUAUUCUGGGAGCUUUCUAAAAAUCCAGAACUCCAGGAUCAGCUUCGAAGGGAACUUCGAACACUCAGCCCUAAUGUGGUACCCCCGACUUCAGGGGCCAGCCCCAAACUACCCUCUCAUAAAUCAAUUGACGCCCUGCCCCUUUUAGAUGCGGUGAUUAUGGAAACCCUACGCGUUCAUCCACCAAUUCCAGGAAUCCAGCCUCGAUUGACUCCUGCGGAUGCUUCCCUGGCCGGAUAUCAUAACAUCCCACCCAACACACGUGUGAAUGCACAAGCAUACUCCCUUCAUAAAAAUGACGACGUUUUCCCUAAUCCGGAUAGUUGGCUCCCAAACCGGUGGAUUGCUCCUCCAGGUUCUUCGGAGAUAGAUGAAAUGAAGCAUUGGUUCUGGGCAUUUGGUAGUGGAGGCCGAAUGUGCAUCGGAAGCCACUUCGCUUUACAAGAAAUCAAGCUUGUGGUUGCGGCGCUAUAUACAAGCUUUACAACCUCUGUGGUAGAUGACCAAGGGAUGGAACCAAUUGACGCAUAUACAACUCGCCCAACAAGUAACAAGCUAGUGCUAAAAUUUGGACUCGCAUGA